AUGCCUCGUACUUUGUCCGUCUUGUCUUCGCUGCUCUAUCUGGGCUCUGCGUUCGCACAGGAUGCUUCCACCACAUCGGCUACAGUGCCAACAGGGACGCCCGUACCCGGCAACUAUGACGGUGCUUUGAGACCUCAGUUACAUUUCUCACCCCCAAAGGGCUUUAUGGUAUNNAAUGACCCAAACGGUCUCUUCGUUGACGCCGAUGGUCUUUACCACGUUUACUAUCAAUACAAUCCAACAGCAGACGUAGCAGGAAACCAGCAUUGGGGUCACGCAACAACGACUGAUGGUUACACCUUCGAAAACCAGCCUAUUGCGCUUUUCCCUCCAAACAACGAGACAUUCGUGUUCAGCGGCUCGGCAGUGGUUGAUGUAAACAACACUAGUGGUUACUUCCCUGGCCAGGACAAUGGUGUAGUUGCCAUCUACACUUUGAACAACAGCACGUCGCAGAACCAGAACAUCGCAUUUUCCAAGGAUGGUGGUUACUCUUUCGAGCCUUAUGAAGGCAAUCCGGUGAUUGAUAUUGGCUCGACUCAAUUCCGUGAUCCUCAGGUCUUCUGGCACUCUGGAACCCAAAGCUGGGUUAUGAUUACCGUCUAUGCUGCCGAAUUCACUGUCGGCAUUUACACCUCACCCAAUCUCACAUCGUGGGAACAUGCCUCCAACUUCAGCCAUCACGGCUUGCUAGGCAUUCAAUACGAGUGUCCUAAUCUGGUCGAGAUGCCCGUAGAGGACUCAGACGAGACCAUGUGGCUUAUGUUCAUUUCCAUCAACCCUGGCGCCCCUCUUGGAGGCUCCAUCUCUCAGUACUUCCCUGGCUUCUUCAACGGUACACACUUCGAGGCCGUCGAUCCUGUCGCUCGUAUCUCCGACUUUGGCAAGGACAACUAUGCCGGUCAGUUCUUCUCUGGUAUCCCUGGCACGGAAAAGCGUCUCAGCAUGGACUGGGCCAGCAAUUGGCAAUACACCAACGAUGUUCCUACCGCGAGUGAGGGUUGGCGAAGCUCCAUGACAGUCUUCCGUCAAAACCACCUGAAGAAGCUGCCCAACAUCGGCUGGGACCUUGUCAGUUCUCCUUUCAACAUCAGCUCGCAAUUCUCGCAGGUCCUUGCUUCCAACUCUUCGCUGGGUAACAACAGCAUCUUGCUCGACUAUAGCAAUGUACCAUCGGGUGCACUUUACUUCGAAGCCAACAUCACUGGCCUGACCCCUUCCACUCUGGCCGGAACUCUGAAUUUCACAUUUACCUCGUCUGUGAGUGGUGAAAACGUCCAGGGCGGCACUGUUCCUGGCGGCGCCACCUGGUUGUCCCGAAGAAACACAAACUGGGGUGCUGAGAACCCUUACUUCACCGACAAAUUCUCCGCCAAUGGCGUCUACAGUGGUAGCGAGAACGGCACCUGGACUCUCAGCGGAAUCCUCGACCGCACUAUCCUGGAACUGUUUGUCAAUGGAGGCGAGCAGAGUGGUACCAUGACAUUCUUCCCUGAUUACCCUCUUGACACUCUCAGGAUCGGAGCCAAGGAUAUUCCUCAAGGCGCUGGUGUCAGUGUGGCUGUUUGGGGUUUGAAAGAUGCGUGGGCCAGUCAGGCAAACAGCGAGGGCCUUGUUGUAGGCAAUACCACAGCUACAGCAUGA